UUGUUUUUUUUUUUUUUUUUAAAGGUUUAUCAGUGUGCAACGUGGUAUUGAUUAAGUUGUAGCCUACUAUCAAUUGAUUGUCUAUUUUAAAAUAAACAAAUUCAUGUCUAAAGAGCUACACUUGCCUUUAAGAGGCCAUUGCUAUUGAGCUGCAAGUUCGUAUCCUAACAAUAUUAUAAAGUGACGUGUGAGGAACCAUUUUUUGUAAGAUAAAACAUAGCACGCACACUCGUUUUGGGAGUUUGACUGAUUGACGUUGUCAUGACAACAGCAAGUGUCUCGGUGUCGAGGCAAAGCUCUCCCGAGAAGACUGUGCUGCUUUCAAUUGCACUCGGACGUUUGAAGUUUUGAAUGAUUCAAUCAUUCAUGUUGGUAAGCAAGUACAGGCUACAGUUCAUCUGUUGGCUACAAUGCCUUCAUCCAAGAGGUCUAAUCAGUGGUCCCUGUCAGAGGUUCUGGGCCAGCGGAGACGGCUGUUAGGCCUCGGCGCUCUACUGGCCUGGUUGAUCCUCUUCCAUCUCCUUGUUAACGUCUGGCUCCUCUGCAUCUUCACUAGUCUCCUGGUUGUCUUGGGAGGUUGGUUGGGAUCGCGAGCAAUUCUGGAUGCCAACAGCCUUCUCCACUUGGAGCAUUUCUUGCCGCUCGGUGGGGCGACUCCAUCUCAGUGUUCGGCCGAACAUGAGUGGAGACUCAAUCACGAGAUCCACAGCGCCGUCCACAAAGCGGUGCGGGAUUUUGUGUCUUCCUGGUAUCGCACUCUUCUGCCAGAGGUGGAAGGCGAGUUUGAGCGUGCGGUGCGCAAUUCCAUGCUGGAAUCGGUGAUGGAGCUGAAGGAGCGUGCAAGACAUGUAGACAGAAAGGCCGUGGUCCAACGGCUUUUAGAGCUGUAUGGCUGCCACCUGCAGAGCUACAUGACAGCCAGGCACAUGCUGCUGGAAACACAGCGAGAAGUUGAGAACGUUAGCCUUUGGCAGCUCUACCAGGAAGUAGACAGCCCUCAUCCAGCUGUGAGCGAUGCAGCCGCUGAGCUCAGGUACGCCAGAGCUCUGGUUAACCUCGUCUUGCACGUGCUUGUUCCGUACCCUCAGAUGGAAACCAGGACCGGAGGGUACAUGGUUACUGAACUCAUUACCUGCAAUGUGCUUCUGCCGCUAAUAAGCAGGCUGUCUGAUCCCGACUGGCUCAAUCAAACCAUUGUAGACGUCUUCACCAGGUCACAAAAACCACAGGAUGGUGCCCUGUACAGGUGCGCGCUCCAUGAUUCGUGGAUCACCUGUCUGUCAUCUUCGGAUCAAGCGAGCCUCGCGAGCGAGAGCAACUCUGAUUUUCGUGAGCUGCUCAGCCCGAUGAGUGAGGAGGACUUCUCUCAGUGCAGCAUGCUGAGCCUUGAGACUUGCUCUGGGAAAGCUGAGAAUUGCCACACUGGUCUGCUCACACCGUGCAAAGUCAACUGCUGUUCCCUCACGUCUGGUCAUUACGCUCACCUCCCAGAGUCCAAGAUGCUGUCACCGGACUCCCUGAUGCAGUCCGAGACGGAAGAUGGCAUGACCAGACGCUUGUGUGAAUGCGGUCCCUCAGCCAACUUCUGCAACACGAUGAAUCUAAACGACGACGCUGAUGAUUUUGGCUGCUUCGGUACGCUGAAAAAUCUGGGGCCGAAGGCGGUGCCUGUGAAUUUACCCUGGCCUGCUCAAGAAAAAUCCCCAGCAGGGCCUUCAAGAAGACUUUGCCUCAGUCCCUUGAACUUUGACACUCCAAACAAACCAUCAAUGGGCAUCCAGAAUGUGCAAAUUGCUGGAACAGUCAGUGCAAAGGAGCAGCGUGGUACUGGAACACAUCCUUAUACUCUCUACACUAUCACGUUUGAGACCGCAACAUGCCCCGAAAGCGGUGACUUUUUGCAACCUGCAACCUGUCACUCGGUCAACCGCAGAUACAGCGAGUUCCUCAACUUGCAAACACGUUUAGAGGAGAACCCAGAAGUGAAGAAAUUUGUCAAGAAUGUAAAAGGUCCGAAGAAAAUGUUCCCUGACCUUCCCUUUGGGAACACAGAUGGUGAGAAGGUGGAAGCCCGUAAAGGCCAACUGGAUACCUUCCUUAAGCAACUAAACAGCAUACCUGAAACAGCGAGGAGUGAGGACAUGCAGGAGUUCCUGUCUCUGAACUCAGGGGUUUGCACGUAUUUUGGAAAAAGGCCUUUUGUCAAGUCAAGAAUUGAUAAGAUGAUGGAAAAUGCUUUAGACACCUUGAAGACAGCCUUUCCUCACCCCGAAGCCGUGAGUCCAACAGAGGACCUUGAGGGAGACUCUGAAGGGAGAACACUGGACAACAGAAAGUACAGGAGGCUCAUGUUCCCGAGCAAAGUGUCUCCAUCUCUCAAUAUACCCGACUUACAUCCUAAAGUGACUUACUGCUUUAGUGAAGGCAGCCCUGUGCUCAAUGGCAUGUCCUUGUCCAGACUGGAGAGCUUUGUCCUGGAGCAGGAACGACUUUUAUGCGACCCCCAAGGCAGAAAACAAGCCAAGCAGACGGAGCUCAUGGGCACAGACAAGGCGACGUGUGGCAAAAUUCACGGCACAGACACAGCCGUGGCAGAUGUUGCGCUGAACAUUUUGUGUUUGUUGAUGAAGGACCAGUGGAGUUGGCUGUGCACUGAGAACAUCCAGAAGGCCAUCAGACUUAUCUUUGGCACUUUUAUUGAGAGAUGGAUGGACAUCGGAGUGGCCCACCUGACCAGCGCACCCUGUUGGGUCAUUUACCUUCAAGUGCUGCAGGAGGCCGUGUGGCCCGGAGGUGCUCUUCCCGCCCAACCGCAGCCGGAGCGCAGCACCGCUGAGAGAAAGGAAACCAAGGAGCGAUGCCUGGAAUGUCUCAUGCAGCUACUUCCGGAGCUCAUCACUGACAUGUUAGGCAGUGACAAGUACAGAUUGAGCAUGGAGACCAUGCUGGAGUCUUUACAGGAACACCACAUUAACAAGCAUCUCGUUUACUGCAUCUGUGACCUGCUACUGGAGUUUCUGAUACCAGAAUCAAGCAAUGAUUCCUUCCAGAGGUCUCUUCUGCAGAGUCUAUGCAAAGAUACUCCUCCCUGAUGGCCACAUCUCACCACAGCUGUGUCACAGCUUGAAGUUGAUGCCGACAUGAUGGAUUCCGUGAUGUAACUGCAUAGAAGGACUCACUUGAUUGCUCCAUGUCCAAGAAUCAUACAUUUUAGCUCUCUACUAACCUACUCGAAAUCAUUGUUAAGUUCAGCUCCUGUAUAUUGUGUAUGCACACAAAUGCGUAUAUAUAUAUAUAUAUAUAUAUAUAUAUAUAUAGUAUGUUUUUAUAAUUGUGGUUUGCAGUGCAUGAGAGCUGUUUUUAGGUCUUCUGCCCCUCAUGUAACUGAAUGGUUACUUUGUUGAAUUGUUUUAUUUGUUUUGUGUUGAUGCCUCCAAAAUCUUUCCGUUAGUUCUAAAUGUUGAAGAAUCAUCUGUCAGUGAGAUGAGGGCUGUGAUUCAUUCACUUAUUCGUUCCAAUUUCAAGACAGAUUUGCAUUUAUACAGUACCGAAAUGCAUUUUGGAAUUGUUCAAAGCUGCGAAGUGAUUGAAAGUGAAUCAUUUUGGAAUGUUGACCAGUUCAUUUGAGGAGCAAACCAACUGCACUUAGCGAUAACUUUCAAGUUGUGUGACUGAGUUGGAAUGAUGAUUUUUUUUAAUGAAUAAUUUAUGAGUAUGAUUACAAAAGUGUGAUUCGCCGAGGAAUCUGCAAAGCAUGUGUGAAAAGAUGCUGGAAGUCCACUGAGCCAAGUGUUCUUUUCACCAGCAAAGUCAACGUCUGGUCCAGGCAGCCCUACAAUCUUCCCAUGAUCUUUGGACCCUUUCCCCAGACAACGUCUUUGAUAAAGUUUGAAUAGUAUUAAAAAAUUGAAACUGUUCUCUGAUCCAUAUGAGCCAUACAACUGUAAGAAUGUUCCUUCUAUAUAUUUGACUUUAAUUUUUAAUUGAGAUAAAUGAGGAACAGAA